AGGGGAGCACGAGGGCUUGGGAGAGAGGAGACGGAGCAAAGGAAUCCACCUGCAAGUGCCGGGGAUCCGAGCGGAGGAUCAGUGCGGAGGAUCGGGGUGCUGGGCUGGGGCUCGGAGCGGAGGAUCGGCCCGCUAGCUGGAGGAUUGGGGCGCUAGGCCGGGGCUCAGGGGCACUAGGGACGGGGAUCAGGGCGGAGGCUCGGGGCGGAGGCUCGGGGCGCCAUGGGGAACAGUAAAAGCGGGGCUCUGUCCAAGGAGAUCCUGGAGGACCUGAAGCUCAACACCAAGUACUCGGAGGACGAGCUGUGCAAGUGGUACGAGAGCUUCCAGAAGCAGUGCCCGGACGGGCGCAUCAGCCAGGCCGAGUUCGAGAAGAUCUACGGCAACUUCUUCCCCAAGUCGGACCCCCAGGUCUACGCGCGCCACGUCUUCCGCAGCUUCGACACCAACGGUGACGGGACGCUGGACUUCCGGGAGUACAUCAUAGCCCUGCACCUCACCUCCUCCGGCAAGACCAACCUCAAGCUGGAGUGGGCCUUCUCCCUCUUCGACGUCGACCGCAACGGCGAGAUCAGCAAGAGCGAGGUGCUGGAGAUCAUCACGGCAAUAUUUAAGAUGAUUCCCCUUGAAGAGCAGAAAAUGCUCGCUGAGGAUGAAAACACCCCCCAGAAACGAGCCAACAAGCUCUGGGACUUUUUCAAAAAGGGGGAAAACGACAAAAUCGCCGAGGGGGAGUUCAUCUCCGGGGUGAUGCAGAACGAAGCCAUCAUGAAGCUGAUCCAAUACGAACCCAAGAAAUAGGAAGCCCAAGGUCCCAGGCCGGGAGGGGAACGGCAGGAACGGCAAACAGGAGGGAGAGUGCGGGCUGAGCAGGGGCGGAGUGAGAGAGGACGAGUGAAUGAGAAAAUGAUGGAACGGACAAAUGAAACGACACGUGUGCGAGGCGCCCGACCCCUUUCCCUGGGUAGCUGGAUCCUUUCCCCUCCUCCGCCAGCAGCCCGCUCUGGGCACUUCUAAACAGGCUGUCAUUGGGGGCCGAGGGAGGGGGGAACCCCACCGAGACCCCCGGGGUAGAAAGGAGCAGGGGAAAAGUGGAGGAGAUGAAAGAGCGGAUGAUGGAAAAGGAAGGAUAGGAGGAAGGAGAGAAAGAAAAAUGGAGCAAUGAAGGAGGAAGGAAAGUGGGGGAUGUAACAGGGAGGAAGGGGGGAAUGAGAAAGAACAGAGAAAAAAAAGAAGGCAGAGCAGCAGUGAACAGAGGGCAGAGAAUGGGAAAUGAGAGGAGAGAAAUAGCUGAUGGAAGAGAAGGAUCACGUAAAGAAGGUGCUGCCCAGACACAGAGUCACCAAGAUUGGGGCCCCGUUGUGCCGGGCGCUGCCCAGACAGAGUCACUGAGAUUGGGGCCCCGUUGUGCCGGGCGCUGCCCAGACACAGCAUGAGAGCCAAGGGUUGAACCCAGACAUCCUGUCUCUUCGUCUAACACUCCAGCCACAGCUCCGCAGCAAAAAACCCUCGUCAACUGGCACAAACCAAUGCCCUCCGUCUAGGGCCCUGAAAAGCGCUCUGCCCUCCUCCAUUUGCUCCUUCUCUCUCCCUGCACCCUUGGUCUGAUUCAUGCCCUCUCCCCGUGGGCCUCUAAUGCAGCUCUGUGGGGCAGAUCAUUCACCCCCCUCCCUCCUGCUGAAGCCUGUUUGGAAAACACCCCCCCAUCCCAGAUUCAUGUUGUGUUCUGCAGUUUGUGCUUCUGUCUCAUUUCUUCCCCACCCCAGAGCCAGCGGGAUUCCCCGCCCAGCGCUGGGGGGCGUGGAAGGAAGGGAGACAAAGGGCAUUUGUCUUACAUUGCUGUACUGGUGUCUGGUUUUCAAUAAAGAGCGUUGUGUGUAAACCAUUCGCCUGGCCUCUGGGGGGAGGGAGCGGGCCGGGGAGGAACCGAACCAGCCACCUGCAGGGCCUUGGGCACCACCAGCCCCUGCUACAGUUGGAAGGCAGCAGCCACCCGGCCUGGCCACUGGGGGCGAUACCGAGCCCUGCCAGAAGGGCGGGCCCUGAGCAGUGAAGUACCAAGUGCCGCCACUAGAGGGGGCAGGGGGAGCGGACAAACUAGGAGCCAUUCGUCCCUGACCCCCACCUCCUGUAACCACUAGACCCGUCCCCACUCUCCUCCCAGAACCGGGGAGAGAACCCAGGAGUCC